UUCUUGAUCAUCCAUUAAUUAUCUUCGCGGAUCAGACCUGUCACACCUAUAUUUCCCGAAGGACAAUCGCAUUCAAGAUGCGGUUCCUCUGUCUCCAUGGCGCAGGUACCAACGCUGAAAUCUUCGAGAUCCAGUCCGGUGGAAUCAGCUAUGACCUUGCCAAAAAAGGCCAUACAUUCAAGUACUACAACGGUUGUAUGGAAGGCGAAGUUGAACCCCAGCUAAAGGGCCUUUUCCCUGGCCCUUUCUACAACCACUAUCCUCGCGAUCAGGCCCCGGGUGAGAAUCUCGCUACCGCCAUGAAGCACGUUUACCAGAUUAUCGAGCGCGAUGGACCCUUCGACGCUGUUAUGGGAUUCUCCCAAGGCGCUGCGCUCGCGUGUGCCAUGGUCGCGCACCACGCGAAAACGCAUCAAGAGCCCCUGUUCAAGCUCGCGGUGUUCAUCUGUGGUGCAUUGCCGUAUGACAGCACCGGGAACGAGGUCAUUGCUGUGCCUCCUCCCGGGGGCGAGUAUCCGGUCCAGAUCCCCACGACAAAUAUUGUGGGGAAGCAGGAUGAGCUGUAUUCCUCCAGUAUGCAUCUGUACGGGGUGUGUGACCCUGCAAAGUCCAAAUUCUACGAUCAUGGGUCAAGGCAUUUGGUGCCCUUUGAUGUGGAGAACACGGAGGCGAUGGUGGCUGCUAUCGAAGCAUCUGUUCAGCGGGCUUUGACCGGGCAAUAGAUUCGUAUCAAGUGUUAGAGAGGUGAAGAUUAGAUGGCUACUAGAUCCCAUCAACACAUGGAUAUUGAUCUAUCGCUUAGACAUCUCAAAGAAACCAAAAGCAAAUGUAUGUUCAAUCCUGCUUCAUCGGUGCAGCUCGUUUCUCUCUCGAGCCGAACCUCGACAUCAAAACCGCAAUUACCAAUACAACAAUGCCCAGAAAGAUUCCAUAUGUGACGGGGGUAGCCGAUGAUGGCCCGGCCAGUGCCCCGCUG